AGAGUGUUGCGUCGCAGGGCGCGGUCGGGCACCAGUGACAUAAGAGCUGACGCGCCAUGCCAUACCGCCGAUCAUGGAGCCGCUUGCGUACACCAUCGUUAUUUCAACGUUGGGAGCAGCCUGCGUUGGAGUCACCGAAGCUGCUACACAUGCCGACACCGACAGCCCAGCUGACUGCUCUCGUCUCUCUUCCACACACUGACGGCCAAACCUGCCAUGGAGCGGGACAACGACGACAUGGACGGCCAUGGUUGCGGCGACUACCGGAGCGAGGGAUAUGUGAUGGUGAGGCGACCGCCUGGCACAGCACAUGGCCGAUUCCGCGGCAGUGCUUUUCAAGUACUGAAGAGGAUGAUGGGUGUGCGUGCGGGAAGGACGGAGCGGCAGCAGAGGAAACGAGGAAAAGGAGCGGUUGGCAAACACCAUGACCGAGCUUUCUCGGCACUCGUGACAGCGACCAUGUUGGCCUUCUUCCCCUUCAAUAAGCCUCUCUCGUCGCUCGACAGCAGGCUCGCCAAGCAUAUCCUGCUGCCGGACCACCACUCAAACGCGGGUUGGGAAGCUCGCUCGAUGCGUUUCCGACCGUCUGUCCCCAUCGAGAGUCGCCGGCCGCGAGCGCGGGAGGACCCUUGCCUGUUCCGCACGAGACUGGCCGACCAGCAGGUGGACGACGACCCUGACGCUGGUCUUUUUUUUGAGAGCACCGACGAGAUCGAUUGCGACGACGUCAAGUUCGACGAUUCCCAGUGCGUUUCGGUUGGUCGAACCGUGGAGAAGUUCAAGACCAUGCCCAAAAUGUCGACCCGGGUGGGCAAGGAGGCGGCGGUUGCAAGGAACCUCGGCCCGCACCUGUACGCAAUCCCGACGGACACGGCUACUAGCUCGGAGGAGGACGGGCGGCGCGAACCGGCGGGGUCCUCCUCUUCCUCUCCCUUCUCCUCCUCUGCCCUCGCGGGCAACCCACCUGUGCUUGCGCAGGCCGAUGGCGAGCCUCAGGUUAGGCCUUUUAUCCAGAAGGAGCACAGCGACCCUACUACGACGAUUUACCGCGCCCACUUGGCCAGCGAGAACGGGGACAACAACGACGAGGACGCCGAGGACGCCGAGGACGCCGAGGACGGCAUCAUGGAAACGAUGAACAUGCCCUUCUGGAUCUUGGCGCAGCGCCAGAAGCGGCAUCAUACCCGCCUCGAAGCAGACGGCAUCCCGGACGACAUGUCUAUCAUCACCGACAUCUCGCUUAUCCCGUCCUACUUCCCAAGCGACGUCAUGAAGCAGCAGCGCCCCCAGCGCCACGCCCUCCUCAAGCGCAUCGUCCUCGCCAAGGCCAGGGCCGCCAGACAGACCAUGCGCCAGCUCAAGCGCUCGUGUCGCGACGCCGUGGGGAACGUCUUCCUCGACCGUGCGGUGCACCGACCUCCCGAGUGCGUCCGAGUUGGCUCUGCGUUUUAAGAAGCGUCCAACAAGCCAGCGAUCCCUUGGUUCUCGACUGGUCGAACUUCUUAACCCAUGCCCAACAUCUGCUGCUGAGUCCACGGUUCUGCUGCGCUACCCACCUUCCCGACGCGCCUCCCAUUCUAUCAC